AAGCCAGCCAUAUCUUGAGUUCGUCUUGAGUCGAACAAAUUGUGUAUGGUGUGACGAAAUCUUAUCGAGGUGAGCGAGGUGAGGAAAGUGGUUGCGGCAGCAGUCGUUGGGGUCUUGUGUUGAGGGGAGGAACUCGCGUGCUGUUCAGCUAUGAAGUCUUUGAUACUAGCUGUGCUGGUCGCCCUCGUGUGCCUGCAGCUGCAGGGUGCUCUCGCCAGGACGCCCAAGGGGGACGCGGCCUGCGCCUGCGAGCGGGACCUCCCCUACCAGCUGCUCAGGGGCGAGGACCAGGUCAGGCAGUGCGAGCGGGGCUACUACUGCGACUGCAAGGCCGGAAAAGUUCUGCGUUGCUUCGCGGUCAUCCUAACAUGGAAGUACAACGAGGAUCCCCAAGUGUGCGACCUGAACUUCGACUGCAAAAAGUUUUUCGAAAAUUUGCCAACUACGCCAGCAACUACAGUAACGCCACCCGCAACCACGCCCGCAAUAACAACUAGACCCACAACGCCCCCGACGACAACGUCCACCACACCCUCGACGACCACGCCCACCACGCCCCCGACGACAACGCCCACCACACCCCCGACGACCACGCCCACCACACCCCCGACGACCACGCCCACCACACCCCCGACGACCACACCCACCACACCCCCGACGACCACGCCCACCACACCCCCGACGACCACCACACGCCCGACGACGACGCCCUCAACAUCCCCUAACACCGAGUCAACGACGGCGACCCCAUCUACAACGCCGGGCCCCGUCGUGGAUCCGUACUGUCUGAAGUGCGACCCCGUGACCCAUCAGCGAUACCAACUCAUUCGCGGCGACGAUGAAGUGGGCAAGUGCAAUGAGCGGCUGUACUGUGACUGCGAGGAGCGCUCGCAGCAGCAGUGUGGAUGGCUAACGGCUCUUAAUCCCGAUGACCAAAAGUGUGAGAUGUUCUUUAGCUGUGAGAGCUGGUUGAAGGAACAUUCUCAUAACUGGAUCGAGUCAGAUAUGCCAUGAAAUAAUUAUUAAUUACACCGUUCACAUUAAAAAUCGCCUAGCCAUGGAAUAAAAAAAUUAACUCGCUCAAAUUUA